UCUUUGUGAAGUAUUGCUUUCCUGAAAGCUGAUGAGUGGUUUUCCUGUAUAGCUGUCUUGGGUUUCUGGAUUGUCCACCCUGCCUUUUGGAUUUUGCCUGCCUUCUGGAGCUGUAGCCCUCAGCUUUAGACUGGAAAAUAGACCCAACUAAGAGAAGCUUCUGGAGUGUCUGACUGGCAUACCCACCAGCUGUGUGAAUUGUGUUGAAGGCUAACAGGUUCUGCUGAAAUACUUGCAGUAAAAUGAAGUCUGUGCUCGUUCUGCUGGGUGUCCUCCUGACUCUGACCGCUGUUUGUGAAGGUGGUGUGAAUGGCAAGGGGCUGUUUUUCCCAAACCCAUCGGCUAAUUCCUUCGUCCAGCUCUUCCCCCUGAAGCCCCUGAAUUUGGAGGCCUUUACUCUGUGUAUGCGUCUGUCUGUGGAUCCGAAUGUAGUAGACAGUGAGGAACGUGAGACCAUCCUCUUCGCUUAUCGCACCAAAGACCACGAUGAGCUUAACGUGUGGCAGGAGAAGGGCAACAUCUCCUUAUACCUGAGAAGCAGCUCAGAGGGUGCUUUCUAUGCCGUCCCACUUCUCUCCAUCUUCCGCACAGACCUGUGCGUCACCUGGGAAUCCAGCACAGGUCUGACUGCGUUCUGGGUGGACGGCCGCCGCAGCACUCUGCAGGUGUACAGGCAAAACCACACGGUCCAGUCUGGUGGUGCUGUUAUCCUGGGUCAGGAUCCGGACUCGUUCGUUGGUAAAUUUGAUGAAGACCAGAGUUUUGUGGGUGAGAUUUCAGACGUGAACAUGUGGGAUCAUGUGCUGAUGGGCGAUCAGAUUAGGAACUUCAGUGAUGAGCUGUGGUUGGGACCAGAACCAAAUGUGCUUAACUGGGACACUAUGCAGGAUGAAGUAAAUGGGAAUGUCCUUGUAGUGCCAAAGAAGUACAACUGAUAUGCAGGACUCUGCUGUAUGGUCCUGUAAACAAAUGACAUGUGAUGUUUUCUGCAACAGACCUGUAAACAAGGAAGUAUCGGUACAUAUAAAGUCACUUGUGUAUAUUUCUUAGCAUUUCAGUGGCAUGUACUGCAAUAUUGGAAUGACAAUAAAAACAUGGCAUGGGCAAACGUGUCCUAAAAUAGCAGUA